AUGGCAUCGAUCUUAGGUCGAGCGUCACACUAUGUACUUCAAGAGAACCGUGAUUCACAGCUGGGCCUCCCUUGGUCCUCAACCUCUCCCUACGCCUCUAUAUCAUCCACUCUACUUCAGCUAGAGAUUUGUUUCGGGAUGAACGAGGACCCCAAGAAAACCCUGAGGGAGAGGUGUUAUAUAGAUGAGUCCAUCGACCAACAUCUUGCGGGCCCCUUUAUCUAUUCCAAAGCACUCUUCCACCUCUCACAUUGUCUUUUACAUCAUCCAUUCUUGAUACAGCAGCGCUUGCAAAAGCUACAGCAGAGAGCUCCCCCGAUAUUCAUAAACACAGCAUGGAAAAGCUGCAUAGCGCAUGCCAAGAGAUUGAUAGAGCUGAAAGACACGAAACAUCAUAACGUGCUUGUCUUGACAUCUCUCUAUGGCUAUUGUACCAUGGUAGCAGGAACCAUCCAUGUCCUGUCAAUGAAUGACGACAACCAGUCUGUCCGCGAGCAAGGGCAGGAGUAUUACAAUUCUGCGCUGGACUUUCUCAAUGAUCUCUCUUGUUAUUGGAAGCACGCGGCUCUGAUGGCAAAUCGACUGGAGCGUUUUCGACAACAAUGCGAGAACCGUCGAGUAGAUAUGAACCCGUGUGCCGACAAAUCCGGGCACUCGCCCGGCGAUGUUAAAGCAUUAUGGCAGAGCGUCGACUAUGCGCUGCUGUCGGCUCCGACCCGGCCUGGAAGUCCCACCAACGGCCAAGCACCGAGCGGGAUGGACUUGUUCACACCGCAAAGCAAGCUCUUUGACUUUCCUGAUUUUGACACGUUUGCUGAAGGACUUGGCAUUUUUAGUAAUCUGCCGGUUUUGGAAAACAAGAAUCUCUUUCCAGACCUGGAAACCUCUGCUCAGGACGACUCCCUUGAAUAG